UUCUCUGUAGCUCCUCUGCUUUCCUGUCGGUUUCCUGCUCGCUUUCCCAGGCUGGUCUGUUUUCUCACUCUCUCUGUUCCCUCACUCUCUCGAUUGCUCUGCGGCCCCCUCCGCCAACACUGGGGGUCGAGGGUAGAGGUGCCUGGAGAUUUGCCUUUUCCAGUUCAGGCCAACCCGUACCCGUUGAACCCUUUACCAUAUGUUAUUCGGUCACGGGCACUGAGUGGCGAAUUUCUAUUUUUUUCUAGUCCUUGUUGUUUGCUCGUGGGCUUUUUUCUUUUUUUCUUUUUUCUUUUUUUGAGGGGGGGAGCCGGGGAGGGCUCUUUUUAGCUCUGGAAUCCACGUCUGUCUUCUGUGUGUGUGCAUCUCCACCGCUUUUUAUCCCAUCCCCGUUUCUGGCCUCCUCCGGGCUCUGAGAAUACCAAACUCAGGGUAGAGGGUGAAAGUAAGGAUAGGGUGAGGGCAGUGAAUCCCUGCAGAAUUGGUUUAGAGCCGGUCAGGAACCGAGAGGCUGGGGGGACGCGGGUGGGGGCCGUGGCCUGCCCCGCCUCCACGCUUCCCUCUCUGGGCGCCAGGGGUCGCUCCGCCCCCGCCCCCCCCGCCGCGGCCUCUUAGAGCGGCUCCCGCCGCGUCGCGGCUCACACCACCCGCACUGCCGCUCCGGGAGGGAGGGAAGGAAGGUUAGGGACGCAGAGAGGGAGAGCGCUAGCUGGAGAGAGACGCGGGGCCAGGGCUUCAGCAGGGGCUGGGGCCGCGGCUAGGGUAGAAAGGUGGGUCAAGGCUCGCCAAGAGCCAGAGCGCAAACCUGCGAGGAGGUCGCGUCCGGUGGGCGCCACCAGCAGCGCAGAGCCCCGGACGUCCAGAGCGCGGAGAGUAGUCCCAGCUCCGGCCGGGAGCUAUCCGUCUGGGUAGCCUGGGACCUAGGCGCCGCCAUCCUCGAGAAAGCAGCUGUCCGGAGGGCAGGCAUCCUAGCUCUGUAAGAAACCAGCCGUCCGAGAAGCCACCGAUUUCAGGCGCCUGGGAACGUUAGACUGAACGAGAGGGUAAUAGAGGACCACGGACUCUGAACUGUCGGGAGCUGUCCCUGGUCCAAACAACGGGGGGACCUCCGCCUUGACGGAAGGUUUGGGGAACAGCACCACUGAGGCGGGAGCCCACAGGGGCGGGGGGGCCGGGCGCAGCCGUCGGGGGGAUCCCGACCCAGGCCCGGGCCCGGUCACCGCCUCUGGCGCCCGUGGAAAGCCCCGGGCCUCCGCCACCAUUGCACCCAAGAGUGAGGAGGAUCUGCUGGCCCUGGCCGCGUCGCGGCUGAGCCGCCGCAAGAGGGUGGCGGGCGCGGCCGUCGGGGUGGCCAUGGUGCUGCUGCUGCUGGUGGCCAUUCCGCUGCUAGUGCACAGCUCCCGCGGGCCGGCGCACUACGAGAUGCUGGGUCGCUGCCGCAUGGUGUGCGACCCCCACGGGCCGCGAGGCCCAGGACCCGACGGCGCGCCCGCCUCCGUACCCCCCUUCCCUCAGGGCGCCAAGGGAGAGGUGGGCCGGCGCGGGAAGGCAGGUCUGCGAGGGCCCCCGGGACCACCAGGUCCCAGAGGACCUCCAGGAGAGCCGGGCAGGCCAGGUCCCCCUGGCCCUCCAGGCCCAGGCCCCGGCGGGGUAGCGCCCCCUGCCGGCUACGUGCCUCGAAUUGCCUUCUAUGCUGGCCUGCGGCGGCCACACGAAGGUUACGAAGUGCUGCGCUUCGACGACGUGGUGACCAACGUGGGCAACGCUUACGAGGCAGCCAGUGGCAAGUUCACCUGCCCCAUGCCAGGUGUCUACUUCUUCGCUUACCAUGUGCUUAUGCGCGGCGGUGACGGCACCAGCAUGUGGGCGGACUUGAUGAAGAAUGGACAGGUCCGGGCCAGCGCCAUUGCUCAGGACGCGGACCAGAACUACGACUACGCCAGCAACAGCGUCAUCCUGCACCUGGAUGUGGGAGAUGAAGUCUUCAUCAAGCUGGACGGCGGGAAGGUGCACGGCGGUAACACCAACAAGUACAGCACCUUCUCUGGCUUCAUCAUCUACCCGGACUGAGUCGGGCCCCAUCCCCCGCCCCCCCCCCGCUCCCCCCCUCACCCACCUUCAGCUUGCCCCACCCAAGGCGCCACCCCAUCCUUUGAGAGACUGGGGGUGGGACGGACCCUCCCACUCCCGGAGGUGGCCUUUAAUGGGCGGACUCUUGGUGCUCCGGGGUAUAACUGAGUGGCUGGGGAGCUGAGGAAACCGGCCGGAGGAGCAGAGCGGCUUGGGAAGGGACCACCAGCAUCCGCGCACAUGCCUGUGAAAGCCGGGCCAGGAGGGGGGCGCAGGCCGUGGCCCUCUCUUCUCUCGGGAGCUAGGAAACAGGUUCACUAACUGCAGCACAGAGGCACGGAAAGCAGAAAACAGAAGGGAAGCCCUGGCUUUUGGGGAGGGAGAGAACAGAAACAGAAGGAGCCCUUCUAGGCGGGAGGAGACAUCAGGGCGGGUAGGCGCUGGUCCUCUGUCAUGACAACUUCUCUGCCAUCCCCUCCUCCCCUCAUCUCCAUUUUCAGGCUUCAGGCUCUAGCCUUGGCAGCCUCCCUGUGAACUGGAGGAACCAGGAAAUUCUUUCCUAGCAUUUAAAACUCAUCCUGCAGUCCCCAUUUCACCCCCAUCGGGGGUUAGGCCCUGGGGCUACAGCUGCUGUUGCCUCUUCCAAUAAAGUGAAGUGGGAGAAUGUGUGUGCCUCUUAACUCGGUGCACAGAGUGGGGGAGAGUGGCUGACCCUCUCCUCACUCCUCUCAAGGACCCCUACCCUAUCACUCUCUGCCAGAGGCAAAGGUUUCAUUAUUCCUGGCAAGGCCUGCCUCUGGGGAAGCCGAGGAGGGGAGUAGCCCAGGGUUUCUACUCUGAUACGGGGAAGGGUAUCAGCUUCAGGAGAGCUUUGAGGUCUUACACUGUAGGGAGACGCCAACCAGAGGGACACUAGCAAGGGAGGAUUCCAGAGGUAUGGGUCUGGUGCUUCUGCUGAUGCAGGGGGAGAGUUCUAGGGAACUCUAGGCGAUGCAGGAGUUGCUGACGGCUCCUGGGAGCGACCAAGAUCUCAGGGAGCAAGGAGAAAAGCAGCUCCCCAAAGGCCCACAUUCACGCCCCCCCCCCAAAAAAAAAACCACUCACUCAUAGUGCUUGCUGGGAGGGUGGGGUGUGCAGGAGUGGGAUGACCUGGACAGCUUCUGGGCGAGGGAGCCUGGGGAAGACUGAGAACCCAGGGCUGGCCUCUAAGCUGGAGGACACUGCCACCAUGUGGACAAUUGAGGAGAAACAGCAGUAGCUGGCCUAAGUAGGACCGGAGGAAAACAGACAUUUGGACAUUUUAGAAACUUUAUUGAAG